AUGGCUGCCAUAUCUCAGCAUGAUUAUGGGCUGCUCUUUCUGAAUUUAAUCAACAUUCUUCCUCUAUCCACCAUGCUAUCUAAGCCAACUUUUUUUGCUUUCAUUAUCGUUGCAUUUGAAGCUUUAUUCAUCCUUCAACAAUGGCGGCAUCCUAUUUUCCACUUCCUGCUGCUAUCGUACUUCUUUUUCGCCAUUAAAACCUACUUUCUCAAGUCAAAGCAGCCUCGUCCUGUUUAUCUCGUAGACUUCUUGUGUUACAAGCCACCGAGCAAAUGUAAAGUCCCUUUCUCUUCCUUCAUACACCAUGCCUCCAUGAUCGAAGCUUUCGAUACUGAAAGUGUCGAAUUCAUGGCCAAAACUUUGGUUUCUUCAGGAUUAAGCCAAGAAACUUAUCUUCCACCAGCUUUACAUUGUAUUCCACCGAAAACCCAUGAUCGAGAAUCCAUCAAUGAAGCUCAAAUGGUACUCUUCCCUGUAAUGGAUGAACUGUUAUCAAAAACAAAACUAUCCCCUUACGACAUCGAUAUACUCAUCCUCAACUGUAGUGGUUUUUGCCCUUCACCUUCUCUUUCUUCCAUCAUCAUCAAUAAAUACUCCAUGAAAAGUGAUAUCAAAAGCUAUAAUCUCUCCGGUAUGGGGUGCAGUGCAGGAACCAUCGGUGUCGAUUUAGCUCAAAACCUCCUCAAAACACAUGAAAACAAAACCGCCAUUGUUCUUAGCACUGAAAUCUUAUCCACCGGCUGGUAUUCCGGUCACGAAAAACCCAAGCUAAUCCUCAACUGCGUUUUCAGAAUGGGUGGCGCCGGAAUCUUACUAUCAAACAAAAAACAAGCAGAAAACACAUCGAAAUAUAAGCUUAUACACAGCUUAAGAACCCAAAGAGCUUACGAUGAUACAGCUUACUAUGCCGUAUACCGUGAAGAAGACUCUCGUGGGAUACUCGGUGUCACGUUCAAUAAAGAUUUACUACAAGCCGUCAGUGAAACUCUUCGGUCACACAUAACACUCCUCGGUUCCCAAAUCUUACCAUUUACGGAACAAUUUUUCCAUGUUAUUUCGAUCCUGCGUAAAAAACUCAUCGAUGAAUCAGCAGAAAUUUACACGCCGAGAUUCAAGACCGUAGUACAGCAUUUCUGUUUGCCGAGUUCGGGGAAACCGUUGAUAAGAGAGGUGGCUAAAGGGUUGAAUCUUAAUGGAAGGAAUAUUGAGCCUGCUUUAAUGACAUUACAUAGGUUCGGGAACCAGUCGUCGUCUUCAUGGUGGUAUGAAUUGGGUUACAUGGAAGGGAAGUGGAGAGUGAAGAAAGGCGAUAAGAUUUGGGUUCUUGGAUUGGGGACUGGAAUUAAGUGUUGUAGUUUGGUUUUGGAGUGUUUGAGACCCAUUGUUGAAGAUGACAAGAAAAGCCCAUGGAGUUGUUGUAUUCAACAGUAUCCUAUUCAGGUCUAG